AUGUGUAAAAAAACUGGUAUUGAUAUAGUCAGUCAACUAGCCGGCGGCGGCAAGGGCGAGAAUCUGCUGUCGGCCGGGGAGGAGGAGGCGGCGGCCCCCAAGCCGCGGAAGAAGCGCUCCCGCGCCGCCUUCUCCCACGCGCAGGUCUUCGAGCUGGAGCGGCGCUUCAACCACCAGCGCUACCUCUCGGGUCCGGAGCGGGCCGACCUGGCCGCCUCGCUCAAGCUCACCGAGACGCAGGUGAAGAUCUGGUUCCAGAACCGGCGCUACAAGACCAAGCGGCGCCAGAUGGCCGCGGACCUGCUGGCCUCGGCCCCCGCCGCCAAGAAAGUGGCGGUGAAGGUGCUGGUGCGGGACGAUCAGAGACAGUAUCACCCGGGGGAGGUGCUGCGGCCGCCCUCGCUGCUCUCGCUGCAGCCCUCCUACUACUACCCCUACUACUGCCUGCCCGGCUGGGCGCUCUCCACCUGCGCGGCCGCGGCCGGCACCCAGUGACCCGCUCUCGGACUAUGCGCCUCGGACAGUAUUUAUUAUGAUUAUUUUAUUACGACUAUUUUUAUUAUUAUUAUUAUUAUUAUUGG